AUGCGCGUGUGUAGCGGCCUUAAGAGAUCUAACUCCAAAAGCGAACGCGAACCUUUGAGUAAACAAUCGCACAACAGUCGCAGUGGCGCCAUCUGGGAACAGAUAAACCCACAACACAGUGUACCAACUCUCGUGGACGACGGUUUCGUUCUGUGGGAGUCGCGCGCCAUCUGUCGGUACCUAGUGUACAAAUAUGGCAACGACAGUUCGCUGUAUCCCAAAGACCCAAAAACCAGAGCCACAGUAGACCAGAGACUGGACUUUGAUUUAGGGACAUUUUAUCCCAGUCUUGGAGAAUACUUUUACGCACAAGUUUUCAACGGUGUACCAGAAGACCCACAGAAGUUGGCAAAGCUAGAAGAAGUACUAGAGAUUCUAAACACGUUCUUGGAGGACAGCAAAUUUGCCGCGGGAGAGGAAUUAACCUUGGCUGACCUCUGUCUCGUCACAACCGUGUCCACUAUUGAUGCUAUUGGCAUUAGUCUUGCGAAGUACCCCAACAUUGAGAGAUGGUUCGAAUUGGUCAAAAAAAUAGCACCAGAUUACGAAGAAGCGAACGGAAAGGGCGCAGAAUUAAACAAACAAAUGGCCGCAAAACUUCGUUCUAAAUAAUUAUUUCCGAAUACUUCUUUAAGUUCAUUAAGUUAGUGGAUAAUUUUAAUAACAAAAUUGUUAAUAACUUAUACUAUCAUAUCGACCACAGGUAAUACAAAGCCAAUAUUAGUGUUGUUGCAAACAACAAGUCUUUUAAAAAUAUUUACGUUUGAUUUUAAUUUACUUCUGUAUCGAAUAAAUUAGAUUAUA